AAAGGAGCAGUUCUAUUAUAGCGAGCUUCGCCUAACCAUAUGUUUAUGAACUUAACCUAAAAGUUUUGUGUUUAGGCUAUGUGUAUUGUAAUAAUUUUGUUUACGGAUGUUUAAAAUGCUUAAAGAUUUUGUAAUAGUAUUCAGAUGUUUUAUUGACAGAAUUAUUUGGUGGUGAUAUAAAUUAAGAUCAAUUUUUUACCUUAACGACAAGUGCAAAUCACUGUUAUUUUCUUAAUCUCUGUAAUUUAUAAAAUUAUAUGCAUCUCAGCCUUCUUCAACAUGGAAAAUGAAAGUGAUUCUUCUUCUUCUUCUUCUUCUGAGAAUUCCGCAGAAAUGAAAUAUUUAGAGAAAUUUUCUCGAAGAUUUGACCACUCUUUAUCAGAUAGUGAAUCUUCAGAUUCUGACUCCCAUGAAGAUGGUUAUCCAAACCAAUCAAAAAUAAAAUUCAUGAAAAAUAUGCAUGUUCCGAAUAAAUUUCCAUCCAGUCAAGGCAUUAAUAAAACGGGCUCAUUAAAAGUGUCUAUACCUCGUUCUGCAUUGAAGGAAAAUCUUGCUGCAAAGAAAGAGAUGCAAUAUUUAGAAAAACUGGAAAAGCAGGCAACUAGAGCGAGACUACGAAACAUGAAACCUGGUGAAUGUGUUAAGUCCAUAAAGGUCGUGAUAGAUUCAAACUUGAUAGUUCAUGACGUGGUCUUUGAAUUCAUUAAAAACGAAUUGAAAGAAUUUGGUGUCGAUCUCACAUUGAAGGAGCAGCCAAUUGCAAACGCUAUCACAUGGACAAAAGCUGAAACUGCUUUAGCUGAUGAAGGUGAAUGCGAAAACUAUGUCAUCAUAAUAUGGUCCAAUCAAAAGUUUUCGAAUGUGGUUAGCAAUAACUUAUUAUCGGAUGAGAUACAACAAAUAAAAAGGAGUUUCGAAAAUAAAAAAAUCACUUUGAUAAUUUAUUUAGGAUCAGAUUUUGAUACUGGGUCUGAAAAAUGGGCAAGUCAUGGUGGAGCCAGAAAAAAGAAAACAGCUCUUAGCAAGGAUAAGAUGGAAAUGGAAUUGGUUCGGCUGCAAUUUGAACUUGAUUGCUCUUACAGGUUGAUGAAUACCAAAGCUGAGCUUGCAAAGUUCAUAACUCAAUUCACCAAAUCGAUAUCGGAAAUUCCAUACAGGAGAGAGAAACAGCGGCAAGAACAACAGCUGGCGUGGCUGGCAUCAGCUGAUUCGCGCGGCUGUGUGCGAGUGGACAAGGCGAGCAACGGACUCAGUCAGCUGUGGAAGCAACAGCUGUUGCAAUUCAACAACUGCAAUCUGCAUGCAGUCGACGAGAUCACCAGGAGAUACCCCACGCCACAAGCGCUUGUCAAGGCUUAUAAAAGAUGUAGUUCAGAGCAGGAGGCAGCAACUCUUCUCAAAGAUAUUCCUAUUGUUCGAAAAUGCAUUGGAGAUUUGGCUGCAAGAAGAAAAAUUGGACCUGAACUAAGCCGUAAAUUGCAUCGAUUAUUCACAUCUAAGAACCCAAAUGUUCAACUUUCCAAUGAAUAAUACUAUUUUCUUGUUCAUAUUGAAUAUCAUAAAGUACGUUCUUUUCUCAUUGAGUAUAAAAUAUUGUAUUGAACAUAAUCAAGUUAUUGUAUAGCCGUAAAUUGCAUCGAUUAUUCACAUCUAAGAACCCAAAUGUUCAACUUUCCAAUGAAUAAUACUAUUUUCUUGUUCAUAUUGACUAUAAUAAAAUACGUUGUUUCCUCAUUGAGUAUAAAAUAUUGUAUUGAACAUAAUCAAGUUAUUGUAUAGCCGUAAAUUGCAUCGAUUAUUCACAUCUAAGAACCCAAAUGUUCAACUUUCCAAUGAAUAAUACUAUUUUCUUGUUCAUAUUGAAUAUCAUAAAGUACGUUCUUUUCUCAUUGAGUAUAAAAUAUUGUAUUGAACAUAAUCAAGUUAUUGUAUAGCCGUAAAUUGCAUCGAUUAUUCACAUCUAAGAACCCAAAUGUUCAACUUUCCAAUGAAUAAUAUUAUUCUGCUGUUCAUAUUGAGUAUCAUAAAAUACGUUCUUUUCUCAUUGAGUAUAAAAUAUUGUAUUGAACAUAAUCAAGUUAUUGUAUAGCCGUAAAUUGCAUCGAUUAUUCACAUCUAAGAACCCAAAUGUUCAACUUUCCAAUGAAUAAUAUUAUUCUGCUGUUCAUAUUGAGUAUCAUAAAAUACGUUCUUUU